AGUUUUAUGAACUCCAACACCGCAUCGGACAAAUUUUGGAAUGAUUCUGAUUGAACCGUCUCAGAAGACUACAAUGAAUCUCCAUCUACAAAUAAUGUGUACAAGUGGCACAGCAGAGAGAGUAUCCUUGUUAGUAAUAAUAAGGGAAAUCAAAACUCCAAUAGAGGGAUAUCCGAAAUUAAGAAGAUAGAGAGAAUACCAAGUUUGGAAAAACCGAGUAUCAUUAAUUCAAACCAACAGUCACACUCUUGAAAAGCUAGUUCUCAACCAGAGUUCAGAUUAGCACUUAAAGAAGCUAAGAAUGCUAAUGAAUUAACUAAGACUAAGAAGGUUAAAAAAUUCACCUCAUUAAGAGUAUUUUCUACAUUUAAGAAAUCUUCAGAAGCGAAUUCUUGGAAGGAAAAAUGAAACAACAAACAAAAGAUUGACUCUCCUCGGAUGAUGAUGACUUUGAGAAAUAUGUCAGAGCCUACAGCUCGUCGCCAAUUGGCUAUUUCUCAAAAUUUAUUAAUAAUUCAUACUUAAAACUAUCAUUUAA